AUGCUCCAGCUUGGCAGAGUCAGCGCCUCGGUCUUCUCGGGCGUUGCAGAGGCUACCCUAGCUUUAGCGAAUGUCAAUUUCGACUUCUCGUUGGUCAAGGUGAACGCCCCAAUCGAGUUCGAGGGGGUUGGUCACGCUCUGAGUACUUUCCGGCGUGAUGUUGCAGAAUCUGGAUCCACCCAUAUAACAGCCAGAAAGCUAGGCGCCGUUUUUGAGAAUGUCAUUCCACCAACACCAAGACUGUACGAAGCAUAUGGACGCAGAGCUUCACAGAUCUACGCAACAUCAAUAUGGGCAGCAGCUACGUCUGGUAAGGCUGCGAUCGCAGUCCAUCUGCUGGCAUGCCUCCUUGCAAGAUUUUGGAAACCAGCCGAGGCUGUUUCGAUAUGGGAGGAAAUCAUUAGUGUUCGCAAGAAGACUCUUGAAGAAGCGGCAAUCGAUGAGACAUUUCAAAUGGCAACCAUCCUCGCCUCUCAGGUCUCAAUAACACAUGAACAACUUGCAGAAUGGGACAACAGUGCAAGAGCAUGGCUUGGUUUCGCUGAUCGAGCUCACGAUGAGCAGCAAACCAAGCUCAAGCUUGUCAUCGACGAGAUGCAACGACCCAUAGCCACGAAAUCGACCCUUUACGAAAGUGUCAUUGAUUCUUGGACGGUGGCUCUUCGCGGGAUGGAAGAGUUGCUCCAAGGCGCCUCCCAGGGUGUUUCUCAUUCUGGACUGAUACUGGCGUUGUCAUGUUGGCAUCUCUACCCCGACCUGAGUGUCGAGGGUGGUGCUCCUGUCUUGCAGAAAGAUGAGCUGUUUCCACAUGGAACCACUGCCUACCUUAACUUGCAGGGCAAUCCUAACACAGAUAAGCGUGGCAUUUACUGGUCGCUGUCACUUUCUCACAUGAGGUUUUACGGUGCACCUAUCCAGACUGAGCGCAGCUAUGCCACGGGUUCUUCCCGGAUAUCUUUCACUCAAUUCUUACACGCUGUGCUUGGUUCAACUAGCAGCCAGUGGAGCAUUAAGUCUCCUUCACCGCUUGACGCCGCCCGCAUCAUACAGGCGAUAGUGAAAAGCUCUGAGAGCCGUGCCCCAGCCUGGAUGCGUAUGCUUGGAGUUGCUGCAGCAGAUAUGCUGAACUCAAAUGAUGCUGCAAGGCUCCUUAACUUGAAGCUAUUUAGGAUUGGUCGGGAAAGGGGAGCAUCGUUACUAGCGGAUCCCCGGACCCAUCCGCUGCCAGUCUUCGGACUUUCAAGAUCCAUCACUGUUCCUAAAGUGCUUGAAGAGUCCGGAGUACAAGCUGAAGAUCCUUCGGAAGUCGCUGUGUCUCCAAGCUGGUAUGCACAAUUUCGACCGGUGCCACAACAAGCCCUUGAUGAAAAGAUGGGUGCAGACCCACAUGCGUUACUCGAUUUCACGACUCAAGACUUGAACAGCACCCUCACCAGUACAAAUCAUGAAGAUGUCGACGACAGAAAGAGCCAAUCCAGUGCAUCAACCACCAGCGAUUCCCCAUCUGACGCUGAAAAAGGAGUUUCAACCACGGCAAACGAAGCAGGCGGAGAUGAAACAUUGAUCAUACACUACCCAGACCAUCCAGCGCUCGUAGUACACUAUGAGCCGCGGUUUCAUUCCUCUUUAACCGUACCUUUCAACGUACCAGAGAUAGAGGUCUCUGAGGUCUCCGACGAGCAACGUAUAUCGUCUGACAAUGACGGAAAAGCGGAGACAGAGUCAGACAUCGGAAUCGAAUAUAUUUCGGCAUUCCCGGUCGAGGGGCUUAUUGCAGCCCAUUCAGAAUCCUACCUCCAUUGGUCCUACAGGAAGGUCCGGGAAGAGGCCUGCCUUCCUCUAGGAGAUGGUCAUCACGUCGAUUUCGCAGCCAGCGAUCACAUAAUACCGGACGGCACCACCAUUACUAUGCGUUUAGAUUCCGAGCAGCGACAUGGCUUUCAAUCGGGGACCCCUGGAAUUGAUGGCAGCAAAGACUCCUUCUUUGGAGACUUUCAAUCUGGUAUGAUGUUCGUUCGUGCAGACUUGAUUGCCCAGUUCGACGCCGCCACAACAGGACCCGGGUGGGCACGAAAACUCAAUUUGAAAAAGGAAAUUGAUCUCGUCGAUAUCGAAGAAGCCUUCUGUUCGGAUGAGAUAGACCUGUCCAAGUGGGUGUCGGACAUAGACAACGCGCCGGAGAAGCGGCAGUCGAACUACUACCGGUCUCUCAUGGCGCUAGCGUCGGCCUGGAAUCUAUACACCGACUUAGGCCAGGCAACCGUCGACCCAGCUGUCCUGGGUAAACGCGUCAUGGACUCGGAAUGGACGAAGAGUCUCAAGCUCGAUCUUCAUUCAGUUACCGAUUCAGCAUCUCUUCCCUGCACUCGCCAGCAGGCCUUUGCGUGCAUUGCCGAAUUUGAGACUGGUGGCAUUGACCUCGCCUCUUCCGAGUUCGAAUCUGUCAUGGCGAUGUCCAUUGGUGAAUCGAUCUACGUCUCUGGACCCUUGUUGACUGAUCCAUUCGAGCCCCGUGAGCCGGACAAGGUCAUCCGUCUUGAGGGAAAUGUGGGCAAGUCAGGCCUGGCCCUCAUGAUUCCACCCGCCGAGCCCAUGAUAUCUCAGCCCAAUCCUGACAGCUGGCGCGUGAUUGAGCGAGAAGAGUACGGCGGACAACUCGAGGACUGUUUCUCCCGGACCAGCCUGCACUUGUCCUUCACGAAUUGGUCUGUGCCCGUCAGUACAGGUGCUGCGGGACGAGGCCGUCGCAGUGCUGAAGCCUUGCUGGUCGAGACCCUCGUGUCGGUCUUCGACCGGGGCAAGUGGACUGGGGAUCUUGAUGUGUUGACUGCUCUGCGGCGAGGCUGCGCGCAACCAGAUCACGAGUUCUUUUACUGUCACACAUGUGGUCAUGACUCACCUAGCCGGGAGUCGGAACAGGUCACAGAUGGCAUCGUAGCUAUUAGGUCCUGGGAAGAAUUUCUUGACAGGCCCAAUAGCCCGGCAGUCGUAAUGGCACAUGGAAACUGGGAAGCUCGAUUGGCGGCGGCAACCAUGGGAGUGGCGAGAGGGGAUAGGGUCUUCCUUUGCAGGGGCGCUGUUUGCCGGGCUUGUCUUUUGAAGCUGGAGAGCUUUGGAGGUGAGGAUCUGGUUAAUCGCGCGUUGUUCAUUGCUUGA